AUGACAUUGGCAUAUUUACCGCCGGCGCGUUCAUUGCAAGUGCAGCCGCGCUCUUUGCCGCCCGCCCGCAAUGCAGUGCUCCGUCAGCUGGGCCAGGCCGCCUGGCAGCUGGCCAUGCGCUUUGGCAAGCGCACCACGAUCCAUGGACUGGACAAGCUGCUGGCAGCACAGGCCAGCCGCUCCGAACGCUUCGUCUGGCUGUGCACAUUCAUUUCGGCAUUUCUGGGCGCCGUCUAUGUGUGCCUGAUACUGUCGCAGCGCUACAACGAUGGCAACUUUCAAACUGUUGUGGAUAGCACGCGUUAUCCGGUCUAUCGUAUUGCAUUUCCGGUCAUCACCAUAUGCAAUCACAAUCGCCUGAAUUGGCAGCGUUUGCCCCUGGCCAAGCAGCGUUUUAUGGCCAAUGUCAGCGAUGUGGCGCAGCUGAAGCUGUUUGAGCGCAUCGUCAGUAGCUUUGAUGCCAUGUCCUUUGGCCACUUUGAGUCCUUUGAGCAGCUACGCAACGAGCCAACGCAUCAGCUGAGCCACAUCAACUUCAGCCACGUCGUCGACUUCAUGACCUGGAAGUGCGAUGAAUUAUUGACCGACUGCAAGUGGCGGAAAUUCCCGCACGAUUGCUGUGAGAUCUUCUCCAAGCGACGCAGCAAGAACGGCCUCUGCUGGGCCUUCAAUUCACUGGAAACCGUUGAGGGCAAACGCAUGCAACUGCUGGAUCCCUUGUGGCCCUGGCGCACCGGUUCCGCCGGACCCAUGAGCGCCCUCUUUGUGCGUGUGCUCAUACAGCCGGACAAGCACUGGCCGGGCCGUGUUAAUGAAAAGGCCAUCGAUGUCAUGGUCACGGAACCCUAUGUCUGGCACAAGGAUCCAUUUCGUAUACCCGCCGACACGGAAACCACGCUCGAAAUCGAGCCGACAAUUUACUUUUACGACAACGAAACACGUUCCGUCAGCUCUGAUCAGCGCCAAUGUGUGUUUGAUAACGAGCGCAAUAGCCGCGACUUCAAGUCACUGCUGGGCUACAUUUACAUGAUUGAGAAUUGCCAAUCGGAGUGCCAUCAGGAGUACUUGGUGCGCUACUGCAAUUGCACAAUGGACUUGCUUUUUCCGCCGGGGCAGUAUCGCUCCUGUCGCGCCCAGGAUUUUAAUUGCCUGGCGGAGCACAAUGAUAGGCUACUCUAUUCGUAUCAGCCGGGCGAGGAGCGUUUCGUGCGCAGCAAUUAUGAGGGCAUGGUCUGCAAAUGCUUUCGCAACUGUUACUCGCUGAACUACAUCAACGAUGUGCGUCCGUCUUUUCUGCCGCCGGAAGUGCUUGGCAAUUCAUCAUAUGUGGACUUGGAUGUGCACUUCCGCUUCGAGACCAUGAUGGUCUACCGCACCAGUUUGGUAUUUGGCUGGGUCGACUUAAUGGUUAGCUUUGGAGGCAUUGCCGGCCUCUUUCUGGGCUGUUCGCUCAUUAGCGGCAUGGAGCUGGUCUAUUUUCUGUGCAUUGAGGUGCCCGCCUUUGGCAUUCGGGAACUGCGUCAGCGUUUGCUUGCCAAACGACGCAUGGAUACGGCCGCAGCCACGCCCACAAUAAAUUUGCGACAAAAUAUGCCCAGUCAGCUGGAGCAGUACAUAAUGCAGCUGAAAGUGGAGCAGGCGGCACAGAAGCCAACAUCUCAAUUUCAGAAGUGGCAGCGUCAAACGUUUACCCAUAAACAUGUUAUUAGCAAAUGA